AUGGAUAAAUCUCAUCCCAUUUGUUUUUUGUUUCUGGUUGUUGUACUGCCUGAGUAUGAGGACUCUGAAGUAGGCGAAAGCGAAGGUGAAGAAGAGGGAAGUGAAGAGGAGGUUCCUUCCGAUGAGGAGGAAGAGGAAGAAGAAGAAGAAGAACCCGCUGAAGAGCAAGGUAAGCGCUUCCCUAUUCCCUGUCUCUCUCCCCCACACAUACCUGGGCAUACUAUUCUUCAGAAACUACAAGCUAACAUGAAGAAUCCUCAGGACCCCCCGCCACCAAGAAACGCAAGACAGCAGCCGCCCCAGCUGAAGAAGGUGAGGGCGAAGUAA